AUGAAACUUUUGGAGAGUGGCCGCUUGGAGGCAUUGAGCAGAGCUCUCUCUAUUUUGAAUGGAGAUAGUGCCGUACAGGGCCGUGUGGAAAGCUAUAGCUGCAAGAUGGCUGGUGGUGAGAAGUCGUUUUAUAAACGGUUUACAGCAACUGGAGAAACUACUCUGGAAGCAUUGUCACCGCCAGAGAGUUUUAUGUACAGCCGAAGCUUGUCUGGUGAUGAAGAUGGUGUUCUCUGUGACACUAUAUCUCGUAAAACAUUGUUUUACUUAAUUGCUACACUGAAUGCUGCCUUUCCAGAUUAUGAUUUUUCAAUGGCAAAGAGCAGUGAAUUCAGUGCAGAGCCAUCCCUCAGUUGGGUACAAGGAGCAGUGGAUGCGUCGUUGUCUGCAGUGGGUGGUGUGCGUUGGCGGCAACUACGGCCUUCAUUGUGGACUGCCGUAGAUGAGGAGGUGGUUUUGUCUGAGUGUCGCAUAUAUAGCUACAACCCAGACCUUGCCAGUGAUCCAUUUGGUGAGCCUGGUUGUCUAUGGGCAUUCAACUACUUCUUUUAUAACAGAAGAUUGAAGCGGAUUGUAUUUUUUACUUGUAGAGCUAUGAGUCCUGUGUGUGCUGUUGACUCAGGAGUUGAUUUUGCCAUGGAUGAAGAUGAUGAAUAUAACUAA